UCAAACAACGACAUCUCGACCUUCUCCAGCUUUCUCCAGCCUGCGAUCCUGGCGCUGCCGACUAGUCGUUGGACACGGACGAGAUACUAAGAGGGUCAAGACUGCGUUUGAAACCGCCGUUUUAGCCUGUUAGUCGGCGCUGGCCUCCUUUUCUGCAGCCGUCGAUUCUGCUCUCUUGCUGCUGCUCCUACGAUUAGGACCCCCGGCUUCAUCGUCUAUCCAGCGACAGCGAGGACGGUGACAAUGGCGCAGUACUUCUUCGACCUCCUCUACACCUUCACGGACUGUCUCUGCUGCUUCCCGAGCUCGCCGCAGCUGAAGAUCAACAACCGGAGCUUCAAGCUGCUGCGUCUUCUCGGAGAGGUACGACUACAAUUAUGCAGAUUAUCCCCCGAUCUGCGAGCAUGUCUAAUGAAUUUGGGCUUCUAGGGUGGCUUCUCCUACGUCUAUCUCGUCCAGGAUAAGAGUACCGAUGAGCUCUUUGCGCUCAAAAAGAUACGAUGUCCGUUCGGUCAAGAAUCUGUCUCACUCGCCCUCAAGGAAGUUGAAGCAUACAGCUUGUUCACUCCCAACCGCAACAUCAUCCAUUCCAUCGAUUACUCCGUCGUGACCGAGUCUGGGUCGAAAUUCAGAUCAGACGGCGCAGAUGCCGGAUCAAAAACCGUGUACAUUCUUCUACCAUACUACCAGAGAGGGAACCUUCAGGACGCCAUCAAUGCAAACCUGGUCAACCACACCUCGUUCCCAGAGAGAGACUUGAUGAUAUUAAUGCUCGGGGUAGCCAGGGCGCUGAAGUGUAUGCAUCAGUACAAGGUGAAGGACUCUGCAUCGAGAGGGAAUGGCAAUGGAGCCGCAAAGGGCAAAUCAAAGGGAAAGCCGACCAGGCGGACGAGUCGAAGGGUUGAUGACGAUGAAGAUGAGUCUGAACAUGAGCCUCUGAUGGAUGGUGAAGUUGCAAUCAGUCAGGAAGGCGUGGAAGAGGGUGAAUACAGACCGUAUUCUCACCGAGACAUCAAGCCUGGGAACAUCAUGAUAGAUGAUGACGGCAAGACGCCAAUCCUCAUGGAUCUAGGAUCCCUUAGCCCAAGUCCCAUCGCAAUCACAUCUCGCUCCCUCGCCAUAGCUGUUCAAGACACUGCUGCCGAACACAGCACCAUGCCGUACCGUGCGCCAGAGCUGUUCGAUGUGAAAACAGGCUCCAUCAUUGACGAGAAAGUAGACAUCUGGUCUCUGGGCUGCACACUAUACGCUUGUCUUGUAGGCAAGAGCCCGUUUGAAGCCCGCAGUGAAGAGACAGGUGGCAGUUUGGCCAUGUGCGUUCUUGGAGGCGACUGGCGAUUCCCCGACGAGAAGGGCGGAAAUACAGAUGCUGGAAAGGGUAAAACCAGGGUCUCUUCGCAAGGGAAUGUCGCUGAUGCUGGUUCAACCGAGAGUGGAGGUAUAAGCCCGCCAGUAAAGGAGCUAGUUAGGCGUUGCUUACGGGUUGAGCCUGCUGAACGGCCAGACAUCGACGAGCUGAUCGCUCUGAUCAAAGAGACCAUACAGCAACUUCCGGAGAACUAGGUGGCAGUUUCUGCGGAAUUAUGCGGCUGCCAAAGUUGGCAGAUGUGCUUUUACCAUGUACUUUAUUUGAUGACUAUUAUUGUUUUUAUAUCCAACCUACUCACUUUCUUUUAUGACCAGGUAUACUCUGGCAAACCUUUGAGGAUACAGCAUUGCGCCAGAUGCCACUAACACCAGGCAGACUUCAAUUAAAUUGAUUUUCAUGACUUCCUCCCAUACGCGCCUAGUACGACUAUAUUUAUACACAGAACUUGUGAGGUGGGAGAAACGACUUUCUGAUAAAGCCUCUUCCACUCCCCCAGAACAUAGUAUAUACUUAGUAUAAUGACAGGAUUCAGGCUAGGUAGUUGGGAACAUACAAAAGGCUUCGCGCCAGUAGUUAUACAAGCAUUCAGAGAACAUACCAUCAGCCAGCGAAAACUGAUCCUCCUCCUGUAGCUAAUUUAGAAUACAUCCUUUAAUGGAGUUCAACACGAAAUGAAGUGUAACAGUUAUAUCCUAUGCCUUGACAGGUCUUGGUGGGAUUUUGCGAAGUUCAAGAAUCAGUUACACCAUGGUGUCCUGUCUGCUAUCGUUAUAUGGCAGCUUUUCAGCCAUGCAUAAAACCAGCUCGUAUAGUAUAAUCUGAACACCACCGAGUCCCUUAGGAUAGUAUUUGAACAGUGGCCCUGAGUCAAGAUUUCUGUCCCAAUAGUAAGUAUCAAGCCACUUGGCGGCCUCUGCCUCCUCUGUACUGAUGUCGUUUAAGAGCAGGCUCCUAAUUAUCAUGCCGAAGUCAUAUUCAACAACUCCUUCGCAGGAGAUCCAUUCUUUGCAGUUCCACACGUCAUAGUUCAUCUGCUAGAGCCAUAUCGCAAAACCUUAGUUACAGUGUCACUAGCAAGGCAUCAAAGUGAUAAUACGCCGCUAAAUGGUUCAGGGAUGGCCAUAAGGUAGCAACAACCGCUUCUACUUAUCUGCUCCAGGUUUUUAUAGACACGGGAGGCCCGUUC